AUGGCUUCUUCAACCGAUGUGACCGACCGCGACGCCCUCACCGCGCGGAUCAUUCCGUCGAUGAUUCUCAGUGAUGGUGGCCCCACUUCGAUGACCCCGCCUCCAACCUUUACAAUUGAGGCUGACCCAGCCGUUGGGGCCCAGAAGCGAUUUCAUGUACAAGGCAAUGCUGUUAUUGCUGGAGGCACUGGUACACUGGGUCUUCAAGCCUGCGAAGCUCUUCUUGAGCAUGGUCUUCAGGGACUAAUGAUAAUUGAUCUCAACCCUAUAAACGGGGAGAAGGAGAUCGCGAAAAUGCGGACGAGGUUUCCCGAUGCAAAGAUCUGCACUCAAAGGGUCGAUAUUACCGAUGAAUCUGCCGUUCAAGAAGCGAUGGAGGCAACCACCCAAGUGCUAGGAUCAAUCGAUACUCUAGUUUGUUUUGCUGGGGUUGUGGGAACCAUGGAGAGCCUUGACAUGCCGGUGUCUCAAUGGCGCAAAAUCCUUGACAUCAAUACGACGGGUUCGUUCAUCUGCGCACAGGCCGCCGCGCAACAGAUGGUAAAGAAAGGGACGGGAGGAUCCAUUACAUUCGUGGCAUCUAUCUCCGCUCAUCGCGUGAACUAUCCUCAACCUCAGGUAGCAUACAACGUCAGCAAAGCGGCACUUUUGAUGCUCAAGAGUAGCCUCGCUGCAGAGUGGGCCCGAUAUGGCAUUCGGACAAAUAGCGUGAGCCCAGGAUAUAUGGAUACCAUUUUGAAUGAAGGAGCUGGCCUAGAUCGCCACAGACAGAUCUGGGCGGAAAGAAAUCCAAGCGGCCGAAUGGGUAGCCCAUCUGAACUUACCGGAGCAAUUGUCCUCCUCGCCAGCUCAGCAGGCUCGUAUAUCAAUGGUUCGGAUAUAGUUGUUGAUGGCGGUGCAAUCGUGUUUUAG